CUUGAUCGGUGCCGAAGCGGUGGACUUGAAGGAGGAUGAUGAGGAGUGGACGUACCCCGAAGGAGGACGGGGUUGGUGGGUUGUCGCGGGGUGUACGAUCAUUGCUGCUGUCACUCUCGGAUGGCCGUUGGCAUGGGGCGUCUUCCAGGCGUAUUACAAGCAGCACUUGUUCCCCGAUGCGCAGGACUCGGUGCUCUCUCUGCUAGGGAGCAUCUCGGGGAUGGUAACGAUGCCUAUGGCCUUCGUAGUCGGCAAGUUCGCCGAUCGAUACGGGUACAGACAGUUCAUCAUUGCCGGCUGCCUAACCGCCUUCCUCGCCAUGCUCACAGCGGCAUUCUCGACCCAGCUCUGGCAGUUCUUCCUCACCCAAGGUGUCCUUCAAGGCGCAUGCAUAGGCCUCAUCCUCCCCGUGGCCAUGUCAUUCCCUGCCCAGUGGUUCCGCUGCCGCAGAGGGCUAGCAACGGGGAUCGUUAUUGCCGGCAGCUCCUUCGGGGGCGGGGCAGGCUCGCUCAUGGCCCAGCAACUGCUCAACCGCCUAGGGCUGAGAUACACGCUCAUCUUCUACUCGUUCUAUCAUCUUUUCCUCAUGACACUAGCCGUGUUCAUGCUCCAAGACAGGCCACAUCCGCACAGCGCCCGAUUUACGAAAGCACCCAUCCAAUGGUGGGACUCGACGCUCUUCCGCAAACCUCUCUUCUGGAGCGUGGCGAUCGCGACUCUUUUCGUAGUGUUCGGUUACCUUCCUCCCUAUUUUUACAUCCAGCUAUAUACGAUGGAGAAACUCCCCGACCUCAACCCAGCGCUCUACGCCGUCCCGGCAGCAGUGAUGAACUUCUCUGCCGCUGCGGGCCGGACGGCGAUCGGCCUGCUCGCCGACCGGAUAGGCGUAGUGAACGCGUUCUUCGUCUCUGUCCUCAUAUCAGGGUGCAUGCAGCUCCUCUUCUGGAACUUUGCAACGUCCUUUCCGGCCAUUAUAUGCUUCUCGAUCCUGGUGGGAUUUUUUGGCGCGGCGUUUUUGAGCAUGACGAGCGUUAUUGGCGCAAAGCUGUUUGGGGUACAGAACCUUGCUACUCUGAGCGGCAUACUCUUGCUAUUUAACAUGCCCGGAAACGCCGCCGGCUCCCCUCUCGCAGGAGCGAUCUUCUCCGCCUCAGGCGGUAACUGGCACGCCGCAAUAACUUUCAGCGGGAUGUGUAGUGUUGUGGGCGCGUUCUGUAUCCUCUAUGCGAGGUUUAAGAUGGAGCCGAGGGUGUUUGCGAUUUACUAGAUCCGGGGAGCGCGCCGGGAGGGUGAGGAGAGAUGGGGGAAGAAACUGGUCUUUUUUUUUGGGAGAUCUGCAUUGUAUAAUAAACACAAUUGAAAUUUUGUG